AUGAGGAGGUUUUUGGUUCCUAGAACAAGUAUUGAGAAAGUGGAUGUUAAGCAACCGGAAGUCGAAACUACAUCAGAGGCACUAAAGGAUGCUCUUUAUGAUAUUCUCGAUCGUCACACGUUAUCUAUUUCAAGGAUACGAGGGCAAGGAUAUGAUGGUGCUUCACAUAUGAGAGGUGAGUUUAAUGGUUUACAAAGAAAGAUUAUAGAUAAAAACCCUUAUGCUUUCUAUGUCCAUUGUUAUACUCACUGUUUGCAAUUGGUGGUUGUGUAUAUUGCUAGUAGUUGCUCGUUUGUUCAUGAUUUCUUUGAGUACAUCUCCUUGAUUGUAACCACAACAAGUGCAUCUUGCAAGAGAAAGGAUGCUUUGAAGGAGGCACAACACCAAGAUAUUUUGAAUAGACUUGCGAGUGGUGAGAUAUCUCAAGGAAAGGGCUUGCACCAAUCAUCUAGUCUCGCUAGACUCGGGGAUACUAGAUGGGGUUCCCAUUAUACUACCUCGAUUCGUUUGGAUCAGAUGUGGUCCUCUGUGUUAGAGGUGGUUAGUAUUGUUAAUGAAGAUGGACGUGGACCAUCUCAAGCGGCGGGUUUGAUAGAAAAAUGGAGAGUUUUAAAUUUGCUUUCAUUUUGA